UUGACCGGAACAGUGGCGCAGCGUUACGUUGUGUUUAUGUAGUCGUAAACGUGAUGUCCAAUGUAGUCAAGGUAGUAUAGGGAAGAAUCUGGUGUGUGAUAUUGACAACUGUAUUUUGUUUGAACAGUUUUUCAUAAAACCGUAGUGCAGUGUUCGUAUGAAAAGUGAAAUAUUACUUCUAACUCUAUGUCUACUAGUUAAGGCAAUAUAAUUAUUUAAUAGCCUAUUUGUUUAACUGAAGGUGUGGCUAUUAAACCAUCCAAAUGUGGCCCUAUCUGGCAUAUUUCUUUAGGGAAGGGUUGUGAAAUUGAUUGUUUAGUUAGAAUAUUGAAUUAUAUAUUGGAAUAAAUAGUAAUCAAGUCUUUUUAGUUUGUUAAUUUCUGUGGAAAUCAAACAUAAAAAGUUCCUUAAUAGCUCAACCAAGAAUGUCACCAAUGAAUGGCAAUAGUAAUAAUAACAAUUCCUCAUCAGCAGCUGCAAAAACCACAUCUCCAACUCCAACACAAUGGCAUACUUUGGCCAAAAGCAAAGACAGUUCUCCAGACAAAACAUAUUCAAACCGUUAUUUCCCAGUUAAAGUCCUUCAAAAUCUGAAUAUUCUUAGGCAAAAUAGCAGAUUUUGUGAUGUCUCUAUUGUGGCUGGAGGAAAAAUGAUGAAGGUACAUCGAGCCAUACUCUCUGCCAGUAGUCCAUACUUUCAGGCGAUGUUUUCCAAUGGAUUGGUCGAGGAACAAAAGGAUACCAUAGAAUUACAUUCAAUCUCUCCCUACAUCCUCAAUUUACUUGUAGACUUCAUUUAUACAGGUGAAAUAACAAUAAAUCAAGAGAACGUUCAAGACCUGAUAGUUGCUGCUGACAUGUUAGAGCUGAACGAAGUUGUGUUGGGGUGCACAGAAUUCCUCAAACAAGAGUUACACCACACAAAUGCCAUAGGAAUCUACAGGUUCGCAGAUGCUCACAACUGUGCUGAAAUGCGGACAACAGCUCUAAACUACAUCCAGAACCACUUUCCCCAUAUUUACCAAGAGGAAGAGUUCCUGGAACUGCCCAAGGAUCAGCUGGUCUUCUUCCUAUCCAGUGAACACCUGAGGGUUGACAGUGAGUUUCAGGUGUUCCAGGCAGCCCUGCGUUGGAUCUCCCACGAUAUAGAGCAGCGCAAGCGUUACGUGUUCGAACUCCUGACACACGUACGCCUGCCACUGUUAUCUGUGUGCCUUCUUGAGAAAACUAUCGUUGAAUGUACUGACAUUAGUUUAAAGGUCGCUUUAAGAAGUAUUAGAAAUGAUCUGUUAAUGCGGAAAGGUAACUUGGUUCCUCUAUCAGUCUUCCCUCGGCUCUGUGCGAAAAAGGACAUUUUUGUGAUUGGCGGCUCAAAGCGAGAACUGAUGAGUGCUUGGACCAGGUCAUCGGAGUGUACAUUCGAGUCAGUUGAACG